AUUAUUUAAACUAUAAAAAAAAAUUACGUGAAGAAUAUAUUAAAGAUAAUAAUCCUAUUGCAAGUUUAAUUAGAUUAUCAAAUAUAUCAGAUGAUGCUAAAAAAAAAUUUGAAAAUCAAAGAUUGGAAAUAUUAUAUGGUAAACCUAUAGAGUAUGAAAUACCUAAACCAAAACCUGAAAAACAAUCUGAUAGUUUUGGAAAUAAUUUAUUCAAUGAAUUAAAAAAAGAAAUAGAAGAUGUUAAAGAAAAUAAUGCAGAAAAAUUAAAAGAUUACGAAGAUUUGGAAGAAAAAAUAAAUGAAUCAAGAUUAUCAAAUGAUAAAAUUGAAAAAUUACAUGAAUUGAAAAAAAAUAGAUUAGCUAAAUUCACAAAUAAUAAAAUCAAACAAUUAGAAAAUAAAAUUAAAAUAUCAAAAACUGAAAAAAUAUGGAUGAUAUAUUUAAUGAAUUAUACAAUGAUAAAAUAUUAUUAG